GAACAUAAGUAUACAAAUUUAUAUGAGAUCAGAGUGGCAUUGGAAGAUGGCGAAAUAGAUGGCGCACUGUUGGACACUUAUGUGGCGGCCGAAAACAAAGAGACACUUCUCGACGACAGGGUGUUUGUGAAAGAUAUUCUGGAUUAUCCAUUUGGUUAUGGAGUGGUUCUUUCAGGAGCGGCGAGGAAUGUUGAGCAAAGAUGCCGUGAUUACAUAGCCUUACAUAUCAGCGAGAUAUACAAAAUUGUAGAGAACAAGACAAAGACAGUUGAAGUAAGCUGCGAGUAGUUAUCGCUUCUUUUAGCCAUUUGUGAUCGACCUUAAAAUUCCGUGCUAGACCUAACUGUGACUUAUUCGCAGAGGGUUUGCUCGCUUUCUGUCGAUGUACGUGCAAAGUCUCUCUUCACACACGCAGCAAAUUCCCCACCUGCCCCCGCUACCAUUAAAAUUCACAUGGCGAAAACAGGUGCUGUGGCUUUUUUCGCGAGAUCAAUUGAGACGCGAUGCCACUUUUUUUCUCUUAGUUCUUAAUAAUUUUUCUGUUGUUUCCAGUCAUUAAAACAUACCCUGAGUAGCCUUCCCACCCAUUGCUAUAACAACUGGGAACCUAUCGAUGCGAGAAAAUUUGAUAUGUUACCUCAGGGUACGCCCGUCCGUACAGACUCUUGAGGCAUGCAUCUUAAUCAGUAAAAGAAACUCGACAAGCGACAAGCUUUUCAUUAAUGUCCAUAGGCAUCCGAUGGCGGUUUAGCUGAGAGUACUGGACUAUUUGACCCUGCAUCUCAAAUGUUUCUUUUGGCGGUCGCUUCUCUGAUUGGUCUCUUGGUAAUGGCUGUGAUUAUUGGCCUUUUCUAUCAGUGUCUGGUAAUCGUUCCCCGAGCAAAGAAAGGUAUGAUGAACAAAACCUAUACCUUCAUUUUCACUUUCAAAAGAUUUGUUACAGUUCUAAGCCUGAGUUUGCAGCUCUUGGGGUAAGUAAAGCGAGUUAAAUCAAAGAGUCCAGGGGUAGUCCGAAGGAAAAGCGGCUCUCUCUUUUCUGUGAAAUGUUGGAAACAAUUGUCAGCAAAAGAAAAUGGUAACAGCUGGGUGUCCCUGACUUUAUUUUACAAAGUCAGUAUGUACUUAGGAGAGACAGACUAAUUUCGGAGCCAAGGUUUUGAAAGGCUAUUAGCCUUCUCUGUCAAGUUGUCAUAUCGGCAUAAGACAUGCAGAACUCUAUCGCCAGUGUAAGUAAAGCGAGGCUAACUUCCACUCGGGUCACAUAAAAGUAUUUAGCAGACUAACUUUGGAGAUAACAAGUUUUUCGUAGAAACGAUUUUUUUUUUGGGGGGGGGGGGGUUGGGAGGGGGGCGGUGUUGGUCGAUGAAAGAAAAAAAGAGUUAAAGCCGGUGCUUGGAAAUAAAAUGUUUUUUUUUUUUUUUUAAUUUCAGAUCAAGAGAUGAAAGCAUCCUCAACACAUUUUGUGUAUAAGGAAGUCCUCGUGAAAGAGAUGAACGAUUUCGUUGAUGCUUUCUAUUCCAAGCUGUCCAGAAAGAUUGAUUUGAUAACGAAUAAGAAGAAAAAGGAAUUGAGAGAGAUGAAUGAACUGAAAAACGACAGACAGCAAGAAGCUCAGCUUUGGAAAUCAUCCAAAGAAAAAGCAAAUUCACCAGGAGACAAGUAUAUAAAACGAGCUGGUGUGGCAUAUUUGCCUGACGAUUCUCCACAACAACCUAUCCUCUGUAAUACAGCACAGAGUAUUCUCAGUCAGCAAAAGGAGGGAUGCCAGUCACAAAUUCUAUCUUCGAUGUAUCAGGCUGAUGACGCCAUAAGUGUUGACAGUGCUUGCGUUUCGAUGACAUCACCAGAUAACUGCUCCCUUCACCUCAGUGACAUCAAUACAACUCUUUAG